AGGACUCAGAAUAACGCCCAACGACAAAACGGCUUCUAUAAUGGUUUCGUUGUCCUUUCAGAUUUCAACUUCUCCUCCCUCCCUCUCUCUCGCUAGCUAGUAUAUACAAAAUACCUGGCAUACAUAUAUACUCAUAAAACUUUCUCUUUCCUCAACCUCUCAUGGCGGGUCUUCACUCUAACGUCAGACCCACAACCUCCUCUUCUUCUUCUUCCUCGUCUUCUACGCAGUCCUUCACUUCUCGCUUGCUCUUGCUCCUAACAAUCCUCUCGUUGAUACUCGCUUCCUUUGCCUUCAUUCUUCAAUGGCGGGGCGGCCUCAACGACCCGAUUACCCGCUGGUCACCACAACAUAACGAGUUCCCGGGCAUGGAUGUUUCUGGCGCCGAACCCUCCCAAUCGUCUCGCUCUUCCGAUUGCGUCGAUCUUCUGGGUCAGAGCCGCUCGACUGCCUUCCCGUAUUUCAGGGAUUGGAAGUUCGGGUACGGGUCGGAUCUGAAGCCUAAGAUAUGCAUUACAACAAGCACUUCUGCUGGUCUAGAGCAGACUUUGCCAUGGAUCUUUUAUCAUAAGGUUAUUGGAGUUUCAACCUUUUUCCUUUUUGUGGAAGGGAAGGCUGCCUCUGCAAAUGUAUCUAAAGUAUUGGAAACGAUUCCAGGGGUAAAAGUUAUAUACAGAACAAGAGAAUUAGAGGAGCAGCAAGCUAAAAGCCGGAUCUGGAAUGAGACUUGGUUGGCAAGCUUCUUCUACAAACCAUGUAACUAUGAGUUGUUUGUGAAGCAAUCUCUCAAUAUGGAAAUGGCGAUUGUCAUGGCACGGGAUGCUGGUAUGGAGUGGAUCAUCCAUCUUGACACUGAUGAACUACUACAUCCGGCAGGCACUCGGGAGUACUCUUUGAGACAAUUGCUGUCUGAUGUUCCAGGAAAUGUUGAUAUGGUUGUUUUUCCAAAUUAUGAGAGCAGUGUUGAGCGGGAUGAUAUCAAGGAACCUUUCAGUGAGGUCUCGAUGUUCAAGAAGAACUAUGACCAUCUUCCCAAAGAAGUAUAUUUUGGUAACUACAAAGAAGCAACCCGUGGUAAUCCAAACUACUUUUUGACCUAUGGAAAUGGAAAAUCAGCUGCUCGGGUUCAAGAUCAUCUUCGUCCUAAUGGUGCACACAGAUGGCACAACUAUAUGAAGACUCCAAACGAGAUCAAAUUAGAUGAGGCUGCUGUUCUGCAUUACACAUACCCUAAAUUUUCUGAUUUAACUUCAAGACGUGAUCGAUGUGGCUGCAAGCCUACAAAGGAAGAUGUUAAAAGAUGCUUCAUGCUGGAGUUUGAUAGAGUUGCAUUCAUAAUUGCUUCAACUGCAACGGAGGAGGAAAUGCUUCAUUGGUACCGUGAACACAUCGUGUGGACUGACAAAGAACUAAACUUGAAACUUUCGAGGAAGGGCAUCUUGACUCACAUUUAUGCUCCUAUGGUCAUUAUUCAAGGUCUGAGAGAAUCUGGAGUUUUUAGCUCCAUAGUCACAUCGGCAAUGCAAAAAAGUUUGUCAAAAGAUAAUUUCUUAAAAUCCAUAGAGAGUAGUAACUCUUCUGGGACAAUCACAACUGGAGUGCUUUCUUCAAGGAAGAUGGGUAACAGGGGAGACUCUCAAGCGACUGCAAGGAAGGUCUUGGAAAUCCAAGAAGAAGUUUCUCAUACCUUGGCUAUCCCACCCUUAUCUCCUCCUGGCCUGCAUGAUUUUCACGUCGACGCAUAAUCCCCCACUUGUUUUUUGCCAUUCACUAUGGCCCUAACUCCUUGCCACUGCCAGCUUCAUGUUUGGAGAUUGUGAGAUUUUCACAAAAGAGGAAACAAAGUGAGUGCGAGAAGCAGGCUUGGCUGUUCUGACGGGCACUUCAAUGUUCAGUUUCCUCGGGGUUCUUCCCGAUUGUUAUCCAAGUGCUGGUGUACAUUCAGGUUUAGGUUAUACAUUUUUUUAAUAUGUAAGUUUAGGUUAUACAUUUUAGAGAGUUAUAGGUGUAGAGCGGGAUUUGCAUUGCAGGUUCUUGAUUUUCUUAUAUCUUGUUCAUUUAUAUGACUGUCAGCUGAUUGCCUGAGGUUGUAAUCUAAAACCGUGGCCUCAAGAUUGAUUGUUAAUACACGGUAAAUGAACUUUUAUUGAUUGAA